AUGAAGAAUAAACUGAAUUUGAUGACAAAAUACACCGAAUACUGUGGUAGUAGUUCACUUUGCUCUGAUGUGGACACAGCAUAUGCCCUACCCACUGAGAAUGUUUCACUGAAUUGUCCCAUGUGUUUUUGUGAGGACAAUUGUGAAGUGACGAGUCGAUGCUGUGCAGACAAAUCUUUAAGUACGUGUGUUCAACCUGUGUACUCUGCAAAUGAGCAGAAUUAUGUUGAAGCAGAUCGCUUCAUGAUGGUGUCCAUUUGUCCCCAGCACAAAAGUUUGUCAAGUAAUAGCUGUCUUGCUGCGAUGGACAAAAAUAAUUUUCAACAUCUUGCACCCGUUUCUUCACUGAAAACAAAUAUCACAUACGUGAAUGCUCAGUGCUCGAAAUGCCAUGGGGAAAGUGAAGUCAUUGAAUGGAUAUCAUCUAUUUCUUGCCACUAUCAUGAGUUAGAUUUAAAUGUCUAUUCCAACAUCGAAGACUUAUGGGCGGAUAUGAAAGAAAAUAAUUGUAUCAUCGAAUAUUUCCCCCCACCUGAGAGUUACCCAGUUCCGUGUGAAACCGGCUCUCUUAUCAGAGAGUGCAAUUUUACAGGACAGUGGGAUGCCUAUGAUGAAGACAUGGAGACUGCAUGCAAAAAUCACUGGAACCAGUUUGGGAUUUUCCAAAACAUUUUCUGCUUCCUAUGUAAUACACACAUUAACCAAAGACAAGUUUUCAAAUCACAAUUUACCUUUUCAACAAUGAACUCUCUUGAGCAAGAAAUGUUAGAUUCUUGUAAAAGCGAUAUAUUACACAAAAUUUGCGAGAACUGCUCCUUAUCUACAGCUACAAUAACUGACGGCAAAGUUGUUUACAGUUUUACAGAAGGAACAAUAUCAGAAGAAUAUCAAUUCACAAGCAAUGAAUACAAGGCGAAUUUAACAUUGGUCGCCUGGGAUGUAGGGGAAAAUGUCAAAUGCAUACUCGCUGCAGAAAAAUAUAUGAAUUAUACAGAAUUAUCUGACGACUUUGUGAACAUGACCGCUUUGUACGAGGAAUAUGUCAGGUCUGGUGGGUAUGAAGAUUGGUGUCGUGACGAAUACCAAGUCAAUAAAAUAUAUCCUGGUAUCAAAAGCAGAAGAACAUGUUCUUGUGAUCUGGACUGCUACAAGUAUGCGUCCUGCUGUCCUGAUGUCACUUACGACCAACGGAAGACGUGUUUUUCACCAUUUCUGCAUCAAGACAAUAAUCUAAAAUCUAAAGAUUCCAUUUUUGUCUUAAGCAAAUGUCCAUUAAAUUACACUGACUCCUAUGUGAAAUCAAAAUGUGAACAGUGGGAAGAUUACGAAAUAUUCAAUGUACCAGUCAUUGAUGUUACCACCAACGAAGCGUACAGAAAUCAUUAUUGUUACCUAUGUCACAAUCAAGAAGAUGUUCUCAACAAUAAUACUGAGAACGUAAAAGCCUUCAACGUCACAGUGAUUUGUCCACAAACAAUGUACCCUAUGUUUAUGCCAUCGAUGGACUAUGUGCUGAAAUCCUCAAAGCUAAAUAAAUGUUCCCUUUAUUUUACGACCACAUAUAACUUAGAAACUUGCACUUUGCAUGGAUAUGAAGCCAUAAACCAGUGUAAUGUUACUGGCGUUGUUAAGUCAGUGAGCAAUGCUGCUCGAAGAAUGUGUGAGGAUCCAGCAAUGAAUAUCAUGGCAACGUCUCAAAAUUUUAUUUACCAGAACCAAAUUUGUGAUUUGUGCAACAGUAUCGUUUAUGAGGAUCCUAUUGGAAUUUGUAUAAUUUCAAACGAAAAUUCACGUGAAAAAAGCAUGAAUUCAUUACUUUGCAAAUUUGGAGAAUUGGAGACAGAGUUUUACCCCUUUAAGAACGAGUAUUGCCAACGCUGCAACAUACGUGGUGACAUAUUUCGAAAUUAUAGCAGUUCACAAGAUAUCCUGUUUGCCUUACCAUCCUACAGACAGCUGUUUUCUACUCUGAAUGUAGCAAUAAAGAAAACAGAAUUCACAGCGGCUGACUGCAAAGAAAAUGAAUUUUAUGAUAAAUAUCAGUUUUGCUCCGGACUCUGA